GAGUUAAGUAGACCAGAAGAUCACCAGCUGAUCGACCCCGACGAAAACCGUACGGGUGGUCACUAAUCAGCUGGUGAUCCUCAAGGUACCGCAUGAGGUGGCAGUUUAUAACGGAUUCCAUUAUUUUGGAGAACAAGGGGGUGAUGGCGAUAGGCCUGUAGUUGGACGGGUCUGAGCGGUCGCCUUUUUUAGGGAUCGGGUAGACAAAAGCUGUCUUCCAUGAUUUUAGGACUACGCCUAGGGAGUAGGAGUACCGGAAAAGACGCGUUAGAACCGGUGCCAACUCCGGAGCACACGUCCUCAGCACAAUUGGGGGGAUUCCGUCAGGCCCACUCGACUUGUGGAUGUCAAGGGAGAGGAGUGCUCUGCGAACCGAGCGCUGUGAGAACCGCACAUCCGGCAUGGAGCACUCACACCGCGGGAUGGUCGGCGGUGUGUUCUCCCCGUCAUCAACAGUCGAGUUGGACGCAAAAAGGGAGCCUAAAAGGUCGGCCUUCUCUUUUGCGUCGUGGGCCAUUGAGUCGUCCUCCCUGUGCAGAGAUGGUAGUGAUGGCUUACAGAAAUUCCCUUGGACAGCCUUGGCGAGAGACCAGAAUGCACGGGUUCCCGAAGGAAGGCUAACUAGUUUCUCGCCAAUUCUGCCUAUGUGCUCUGACUUUGCCUUGGCAAUAACUCUUUUGAAGGACCUGGAGGCGAAGUUAUACUUCUUUUUAAGUAUGCUGGUGUUUACAUCCCGAGUCGCCGAAGCCGCAGUCCAGGCUUGAUAACACUCCUGUUUACUGCGUAAAGCAGUCUUACAGGAGCGACCAAACCAAGGCUGAGAUCUGCCUCCGAUGGGUACCACAUAUGAUGGAAUAAAUAGUUCCAUUCCCUGUAGCACCACAUCAGUGACAGAGUCAGCAACAGCGCUGGGAUCAUCCGGCAAGAAGCAAACCCGCCCCCAUGGGUAGGAAGCAAAGAAAGUCCGCAUUCCGUCCCAAUCCGCCGACCUGUAAUGCCAAACACGGCGGCAACCUGCAGAACGCAACCGCGAGGGGAGCGUGAGUGGCACCACACUCCGGAUCAGACAAUGGUCCGAAGAGCCAAGAGGGGCAUCGACGGAAACCUGAUAUCCGUCCGGAUGAGAGGUCAGCAGAAGGUCCAACAGGGAAGGUGUAUGAUCCUCAACAUCUGGAAUCCGCGUAGGCGAUGUAACCAGUUGUGUCAGACCAUAAAUUACACCAUUUAAUUUGAUUCUUAGAUAGUGAAGGAAUGUAUGUUGGAAGUAGUCACUGCAUUUUUUAAAGACGAAAAAAGAUGUUGUCGCUGCAAUUCAAAGUGUUCCAUUAUCGGCGAGAAGUUAUACACGAAGAACGGAAAUUUUAGCUGCUGAUAAUAAAAACACUCUUCUUGAACUUCUGCAAAAGGCACAUUGCUACGCCAUAGCACUUGAUGAAUUGCCGUUGAAAGGUAACACUCGAGGAGAAGAUUUAUUCAAGGUCAUUUAUGAAUUUAUUACUAAAUCUAUCAUUAGCUUUGAUAAAAUGAUGUCGCUUGUAACUGAAGGGGCCCCAGCAAUGAUUGGCAAAGAAAAAGGUGUAGUAAAGAGAAUCAGGGAUAAAAACUCAGGUCUAAUAUCGUAUCAGUACAUAAUUCACCAGGCAGCCCUUUGUGGAAAACUAUAUGCUACACUGAAAGAAGUGAUGGACAACUUUGUCAAGUUCAUUAAUUUUAUGAGAUCUCAAUCUGUUCUACAGCUCCGACAUUUCAAGGAGUUUCUUUCUGAAUGUGAUUAAGCGUAUUCUAAACACAACAAUGUUCGUUGGCUAAGUAAAGGUCAAGUUAUUGAACGUAUCUGGCUAAUAAAAGAACAAGUAACCUCCUUCUUGCAAAACUUAGAUACGCAGGGAGUCAGAAAGCGCUCUGAGUUCAUAACAAACAAGCGCAAUAUGCUGGUUGUGGCUUUUCUAAAAGAUAUUUUAAAAUAUUUAAAUGCGUUCAACACAGAGUUACAACGAAAUGGAAAAUUAAUAUGUGAUCUGAUACAAAGCAUGUCUGCUUUUCGCCGCAAGCUUUCUUUGAAAAAGAUAUUGCAAAACAAGCAUUUAUUCAUUUUCCGACAACUCUUGAAUAUGAAAAGGAGAACUCUGAAGAAGACAUUGCAGUUUUUGUAAAAUUUCUGGCCGACCUUAGGAACGAAUUUGCUACAAGAUUCCAAGACUUUCCAGGAGUGGGCAAGCUAUCUCCAUUUCUUAAAUUGCCAUUUGAAGUUGAUGUAGCGGCAGAAUGGACAGAUGUGGCUGCCAAGUUGUUUAAUCUGUCAAAGCCAUCACUUCAAAUGGAGAUAAUUGAUUUGUAAGAAGAUGUGUCUUUGCAAAUGUAUAAAACGGUAUCCACUGAAGAAUUUUGGGCCAAACAUAUCCCAGAAAAUUAUGAGAAUUGCAAGAAACCAGAUAUAAAUUUGGCAACUAUGUUUGGCUCAACAUACAUAUCGCUCAUUUGGAGAAACAUCGACGUAAAUGUAAUUUUUUCCAAAAAUUAGAUAAAUAUGACAAAUCACUUAGAAAGUGUAUUUACGUUAGGAGAAACAAAGACGUAAAUCAAAUUCAGUCUAUUUAUCGGUAGGUAGCGCUAGCGUCGUUGUUGCAUUUAUGCUAACUCGCAAAGAUCUCGCGGAAACAGCGACGCAUCGGUCAGUUGCGCGGGGAGCUCCGCAAAGUGUAUUUGUGUUUGGGUGCUACAUCGACGUAACGGUUAUUUACAAUAAUGCAAGGACGUGGUAGAAAGUUGGUCAAUUUAGUAAUGGAUAGACACGAACCAUCAUCUAUUGACACAAUGACGUAUUUAAAUAAUGUCAAUAUUGUUGGUGUUGCUGAUCAGAGUGGGAAUGCCAAUAGAAAUGAACAAGUUGAGAGUAUUUAUCCUGACUUGCCAAGUUUGCAAAACUCUCCGUAUCACAAUGAAGAUAUUUCAAGCAUUUUUAAUAACGUCACAGAGUAUGACACAAGUAAACACGAAUCAGAAACCUUCGAAUUCCAACCUCUUCGUGAUCUUAAGAAAUCUACAUCAACUUUAUCCUCAUCUAGCUCUGAUUCUGAAGACUCGACUGCCAGUAAGUCGAUUUUGACACAAGGGAACGUUUCCACAUUAGAACAAGAUAACUAUGUCGUUCCUCUUGUGUCUGAAUUCCAGCUCCAUUUACCAGCCAAUAAUAACUCGCAACCAGAAAUAUCUGAAUUAGUUUUACCAAAAUCCAUCGAAAAUAGUGCAAAUGUAGAUGGCAAAUAUUUAAAAUCAGACUGUGAAGAUUUUUCACCAGAUGACAGUGGUGAUGAAUAUCAGCCAGCAAAACGCACUCGCAAAAUGUCUUCAUCUAGUUCAAGCAGUUCCUCUUCAUCGUCAUCAAGCUCAUCAUCAAGCAGGUCCACUUCUUUUCACUCUACUACACGCAGGUCCAACUUAAUGCAAUCUGGCGAGACUCUCGAGGUUAUAUCACAGCAAAAUAAUCAUUCCAGUAACAAUGUGAUGCCAAAUGAUGGAUCACCCCAAAAUACAGAUAAUAUUGUUCAAUCUCCU